CUCUAUCGCGGCUGUUCGCCGGCCGGCCUGGGAGCGGCGCUGUGUCCCUGCGGCGCGCUCAAGGCCUACCUGUCCUCCAACCCCGACGCCUGUUCGGGAAAACCUUCGCGCCAGCGAAAAACAACAACAUUGGCUGGGAGGGAGGAAGAGAGACGGCGGUUUCUGCAGGCCUGAGGUAAAAAAAGCCGCUGGAAACCGGAGGGAGGCGGACUGCGAGGCAGGCCCCGGGCGGUCUCGGCGGAGAGGAACUGGAGGUUAAUGAAUCACAACAUGAAAAUUGGUAAAAUCCAGAGUGGAUAAUAAACUGUUUGGAAGAUAUGAAAGAAGAUGAUCACCUUAUAUUGACACCGAAAAGCUUAGCAGUGCCUCUCAGCAUCAUGGAUAUUAUUUGGUUUUGGCAAUUAAUUUAUCAAAACCAGAGAUGAAAUUUAGGGAAAAAAAGUUUCAAAAUUUUCUUUAUAAACAUUGAAGACGUACACCUGAAAGUUUGCAGUUGCACAUCUGAAUAUGCAGUAUGUUAAAAAAGUUGCUCUUGUUUUUGAUGGAACCAAUGUUAUAUGGAUAAAAUAACACCUGCAAGAAACUUCUAUUUUGAAAAGCAAAAUGCCAAAGAAAAAGAAAAGUAUUGGCGUGAGCCCCUCAAGAAAGAGCAUCAACUCAGAAACGACUGCUGCUACUGGCUUGGCACCCUCUCCAGUAGAUCUUUCAAUGUCACAAGCACCACAUGGGGUCAAUAAAGAAGAGCUCUUCAGUAGCCUGUCAGAAAUGUUUUCUGACUUGGAUCCUACUGUUGUUUACAUGGUGCUAUCUGAGUGUGAUUUCAGAGUGGAAAACGCUAUGGAUUAUCUACUAGAAUUGUCCACGGCUGCUAAGCGGGUAAUGUCUUCAUCCGAAGUCUCAGGUUUUGAUUCCAUUUCUGAGUCACUGUUUGUUGAAAGCCAGCCAAGCGUUGUUGCAAACGAAACAGAGGACCAAAGUUCUGAAAUAAAGACUGUGAAGUUGAAUGAAGAAUUGGAGAAGUUUUCAUCCUCUGGAGAACUGGUUUAUUUACUACAUAAUUCUUUUGGGAAACAUUAUCUUAAUAGUGAACUGAAGGAUCUGAAGAAUGACCAAGUCUCAGGUACUCUGUCUCCAGCUUUGGGCAGCAAUAGUUCUAGCUGUGUUAAGUUAUCUGAAUGUGCAAAGUCCAGCUUGGGUUAUACUGCUGUACCUACUUCCCAACAAAUGGAAGCAGGCAUUGAAAAAAUGGGGAACUUACUGCCUACAUUAAAUCCUCCUGAUUACUAUAAAAUCUCUGAACCAGUUUUACAAAAGUCCAGCCUUCAGACAAACAACCCAUUGGAUGAUGAGGCUAUCUUUGCAGAAAUCUCAGAGAACUGUAGUUUACCGGAAGUAGUACUAGACAGCAAUGCAGUUCUAGAAACCAUUACAGAGAGCAGCAUGGAAGUGUCUUGUGCUAAUCCAGAUGAGAUACAGAAUGCUAUACUGGACCACAUGGUGAUAAAUGGCAUGCCUAUUCAACUCUGCCAGGGAGCUUCUGAGUCUGCAGUGAGUGUUUUUGAGAGUUCUAAUUCCCCUGCUACGAAAGAAGAGGAAAAUUCAGCAAUUGUUUGUUAUAAUUCUAAAAAUAUUUCUGUUCCUGACCUGUGCCCAGUAGCCGGUUUUAAAUUGGCCCCUCUUGUGAACGUUGACCAGUCUCAACAGUCAUGGAAUUCACAUGUUUCUGUUCUCCAGAAACACUGUCAGGAAUCUACCUGGAAUCUAAUGGCUCCUGCCUUUUACCCACAAAAUCAUAGCUUUGUAACUCCAGUUGUACUCAGCCCAGGACACUGGCGGCCUACUUCAAACUAUAGCAGUUUUGGAAAAAUAGACGCCCCGCAAGAAUCUUCACAAUGCUGGGAUAUCUACUCUUCUUUGGUAAAGACCCUGCGAAAUAAAGAUGAGAGCCAAGAAACUAAUCUAUCUCAAGUACGUCAGCUUUCUGUUUCUCACAUGAGAAGAAAGACACCUUUUGUGGGUCACGUGCUUGUUCUUCUUAGAGGAGUUCCAGGUUCUGGCAAAUCAUAUUUAGCAAGGUCUUUGCUUGAGGAUAAUCCUGGUGGAAGUAUUCUUAGUACAGAUGAUUAUUUUUAUACAAAAAGUGGACAAUACCAGUUUAAUGCUGAUCGCUUAUCAGAGGCACAUGAAUGGAACUGGAAACGUGCCAAAGAAGAAUUUGAAAAAAGGGUCACUCCUAUAAUAAUAGACAACACAAAUAUACAGGCUUGGGAGAUGAAGCCAUACGUUGCUUUGUCACAGCAACACAAAUAUAAAGUUAUAUUUCGUGAACCAGAUACUUGGUGGAAGUUUAAACCAAAAGAACUUGAAAGGCGAAAUAUUCAUGGAGUAACAAAAGAAAAGAUUAAAAAAAUGUUGGAACGAUAUGAACAUUGUCUGACGGUUAGCACAAUUUUGAAUUCCUCAAUGCCAAGUGAAUUGAAAAGUGCAACCUUUGAAGAAGUUCUUCAUCACAAAAAGGGACAUGGGGAGGAUACGCUGCCUUAUGCGGGGAAAGAACCUUUGGCUCCACCUUCAGAACGCACAGAAUUGAGCACGGAUGAGAAGUGUCUGUCAGAAGAAGCCCUGGAGAACUGGAAUUUUCAGAGUGAAAGGAGAGAAACUGGACAUAAAUUAUUAGAAUCCCAUUCUGAACGUAGCGUCCCUUUGGAUGACUUGGAUAUUUAUGCAUUACCCCCAAGAAGAGACAAAAUAGAACCCGUUCUUGAAAUGAAAAUGAUUAAAGCUGACCUUGAGAAGUCUGAGGAAAGCACAGAUUUACAAUGUAAUGUUGAAAACAUUCAGGAGUACAGUAACAAGGAUUCAGAUGUUCAAGCCGAAGCAAAUCAGUGUAGUGAUGUGUCGUCAGAAACAGAAUUUACUGAACCGAGAACCAGAAAUAAGAAAGGUUCUGGUUUAGAGAAAUCAGAAAGGCCAGAGAUAAUAAACUUUGUGGGAGACUGGCCGGUAGAACAAACUAUGGGGCAGAGGUUGAAAAGAGCAAGAAGGUUAGGGAAACACACUGUAAAGGAUGAUGAGGGAGAUAAGGGAAUAAAUACGCCCCUUCUUGACUCAUUAAGAAACUUAGCUAUAGAUGGGAAAGUGCAUCAGGAGGUGCUACAGGAAAACAGGCAGGAAGAUGAUAACCAGCUGUCUGUUUGUACGUCUGGUGCUGAUUCAGAGGACGAUGGAUCAGUAUCACUGAUAGUAGGGGACUGGCCCAUCCAAAGUUUUUUAGAACAAAGACAUCACAAAAUGAAAAGAAUGCCCAAGAGAGAUCUUAAUGACUCUGAAGAAGUUACAGGUGAUCAUUAUGAUACCCACAGCAGUGUCCUAAGUACAUUGGCUGUCUUUCCUGGAACAUCAGAAAGCAGGGAAGAGGUACAAGUCUCACCAAAGAGGGAAAGCUGUCAGACACCUGAAGUCUCACCUGAAAUGGUUAGUGAGAAAAGGCCUUUGCAGAAUAAACGAACACGGAAGCAUCAUAAGUUAGCCCUGACGUUUACCAACAUUUUGGCCCUGAGCAAGCCAGAGGAACAGUUGUCUCUGUCUCAUUUGCUGGAAAAGAAGGCAGAUGAACGUCGUUCAGCAGAGGCAAGCCAGUAUUCACAGACAGAGCCCAAAGACUUUGCUCUUUUGUGGAGGCUUGAAAGGAAAAUGAUUGCUUCUGAGGAUACCAGGGUGUUACAUGGCAGAUUGGACGGAUUCAUACCAAAAGGUGUUGAUGUUGCUCCAGAUUGUACAGAAAAAAUACCGUAUAAAGUCACCUAUGAUAAAAGCACAUAUGUGGAAGAAAGAGAACUCGUCCACAUUGAUGAAUCUGAGAAUCUAAAUAUUUUGUGUAAACUGUUUGGAUCCUUUUCUUUCGAUGCACUGAAAGACCUGUAUGAAAGAUGUAACAGGGACAUCGACUGGACUACAGGAAUCUUGUUAGAUUCUGCUGAAAAGCUGUGCAAAGACGACACUACUGAAUGUUUGCAGGAAACAAUGGCUCAGCUCCCUGGUGUGGCUCUUGACUCUAAGGGAGAUGUUCACUAUGGAGAGAAGAGACUAGCAGAGUCUACAGAUCACACCCAGCUAACCAGAACAUAUAAAAUUAUUCAGAACUCAGAAGUUGAGAAUUUCUUACUUAAUGAUGGUGGGAAAACUGUGGAUGAUUCCAGGCCAAGUGCCGAAAUACCCAACUUACUAACAAAUGAUUGCCUUGUUUCUUCAGUAGAAAAUAAGAAUGUCCAUCAUAAUGUUCCAACUGGUCAUAUAAGUGAGCUGGAUGACGAAGAAUCUGUUUUAGAUACACUGAAAACACAGACAAAAGAAAUAACCCCUUCAAUAUUAUUGGAAAAUGAUCAUCAGAGUGCUGCUUUGAAUACUGAAAUUGGCUUCUGUGUUCCUGCAAAUGUACUUGAUAAUUUAACUGAAGGUCCCACCAUUGAAACAGAAACAGGUAACAGAUCUUCAGAGGAACAUCAAGAGUAUUCAGAAAUAAAAGAUACAGCUGCUCAAGUGCUAUUGGCAAAUCCAGUAUUUCUGAAGGACUGUGUGAACUGUGAAAGCCAAUCUGAGUCCUACAAAGAAAUGAAUUGUAAAACUGUGUUUUCUGCUGCAGCAGAAAAUCAAGAAAGCAAAGUGCCUCACCAGAAUAGCUAUCAAACCAUAUCUGUGUCACAGUCUGUGAAUAUAGAUUGCCUGGAGCUGGUCUUACCUCCUGAACUAGCCAUUCAGUUAAAUGAAAUAUUUGGACCCGUUGGUGUUGAUUCAGAGUUGUUAACUAAUGAAGAUUAUGUAGUUCAUAUUGAUCUGAAUUUGGCCAAAGAAAUUCAUGAAAAAUGGAAAGCAUCUAUUAUGAAGCGGCAGAAGAGAGAAGAAUUGCAUAAGCUUGCUGAAGAUCCUACACAAUUUGAGCAAUUCUGUCUACAGGAUAUGGACAGUAUCUUUCCUCAGCAAAUAAACCAUCAAGCGCAAAAAACUGCUUCCUUAGCAUCUUGCCCAUCUACAAAAAGCACAGCAGCUUCAGAAACUUUCCCCUUCAUGGAUCACUGGAAUGUCCAGAGACAAAAAGUUUCACUCCGGGAAAUAAUGUCUGAAGAAAUAGCUUUGCACGAAAAACAGGAUCUGAAACGUUUUCCCUCCAUGGCUGCAAAAGACUGUGCUGCCAUCCUGAAGGAGAAGCAGUUACUGGAGAUGUUCCCAACCAUUAGCCCAAACUUCUUAAUGGACAUCUUCAAGGAUUACAAUUAUUCUUUGGAAAAAACGGUCCAGUUUCUGAACUGUGUCCUGGAGGCAGACCCUGUAAAAACAGUUGUAGCUAAAGAAACAGCUCAGGGUAUCGCUCUGUCCUCUUAUGGUGUUUCGAAGAGCCGAGAAAAAAAGGCCAAAAAGUUCAAGGAGACUGAUGACAUCCUCUCUGAGAAGAAAUUCCAAGACUUCAGCUACCCAGGAUACGAUGACUUCAGGGCAGAGGCUUUUCUUCACCAGAAGGAGUGGCAGGAGUGUCUGAUAAAAGCUGGAGAGGCCUAUCGCAUGGGAAUGAAGCCUGUUGCAGCAUUUUAUGUACAACGGGGCCGCCUUCAUGAGGAGAAGAUGAAAGAAGCAAACCGUGAUGCUGCCAUGCAAAUCUUUGAGAAAGUGAACGCCUCCCUGCUGCCUGAAAACCUUUUGGAUCUGCAUGGUCUUCAUGUGGAUGAAGCUCUGGACCAUCUGUCCAGAGUACUGCAGGAGAAGACAGAAGAAUGCAACCAGGCUGGUGGUAAACCAUAUCUCUACGUGAUCACAGGAAAGGGAAACCAUAGUCAGGGAGGGGUUGCUCGCAUCAGACCGGCAGUCAUUAAGUAUCUGGGAAGCCACAAAUUCAGGUUCACGGAAAUAAAGCCAGGCUGCUUGAAGGUCAUGCUGAAGUAAAAGGAUGUUGCGAAGAGGACUACAGAAUCUGAGAGUAUUGAGAAACAGGCAGCUUCCAAGUAUAUUAGGGUUACUCUCCUAUUCUUUAGAGAACCAUAUUUCCUAUUAACGCUUUACUUUGGUCUUUAGAUGGUGUGUUUGUCAGCAUGUUCCCCCUGCCUACCUGAUUGAGAUUUCUUGGAUUCAUUUUUGUAAAGGGAAGUAUUGGGCAGGCCUUUCGCUAUCAGAAAGUCUGUGUCUUUAGGAGCCCUUCUGUACAAGAAGUUUUGGCUCCAGUUCAAAAACACCUAUUUUCUUAUCCGAUACAGAGAAUACCUGUGCGAUCCCUGGCUCUGCAUUUUUUUUAACUCUUUCUACUCUCUGCAUGCGUUUAAAAGGCAAGUCACUCUUUUUGUACGUUUCCCGAGAUUAUUUCAAAGAAGCAGAAGCAGCUGGAAGUCGGAGGAAAGAAGUGACCCACUGGAUCUAGUAACAAGACCUGUCUGUUAUUUAUACCCUGGAUUCCUUUCCCUGCACUCACAGUGGGGCAAAAGAAAUCCUUAAGUGACAAAGAUUCAUUCCAGUUGCCUGUGCUGCAUGAGGAAUUUUUAAAUGAUCUAGUUAUUGUGACUAGGAUAGAUGAUUUGCUAAAUUCACCCUGGUCAUAAACUCUGUGGCCUUCCUGUGAAUUACAGCUCAAUGUAAGCAGCAACUUCCUUAUUGACCUCAGUAUUGGGAUCAGGCCCAUGCCGAAUCACACGCAACUGCUCCCCGCAUUGGAAUGCACAGGGAAGCACCUUUUCCUUUGGAGCUCUAUGAAUUGGGUCCCGUACACAUGCCAUCAGAAAAGCCACUGGUUUGGGACAGUGGUCUCAAAUUCUUUGGGACGAAAAAUUCUCCAGAAGAGCACAUAAUAAGAAUCAGGCACUCUUCUAGAAAAGAUGCCAGCCGACUGGCAGAAUUGAUGCACAGGAGAUUGCCAAUUCAAGGCAGUUUUUGCGCCAUCAGCAGCUCUGCAGACUGCAGUCGUUAAAUAGCAGCCUCUCCCACUGCAGUGUGCUGUGGUGAAAAGAAUCUUAUCUACUGAAUUUCUGGCCAUGCUGCUGUUAAAGCAUAAACAUCUUAUUCAUGUAAAAAAAGGAGAGUUCAUGAAGUUUCAUUAGGAAAAAACUUUCUUUGUUAUUGCCAUAGCAGCCUAUUUCAUACAGGUUUUUAAAUGCCUGAAUUUGUUGCUGGGGGCAAGUGGUGAUUGACUUCAAGAUGUUUUAAGACACAUUUUGAAAUAGCAAACCAUGUGAUAAUGCUGGUUAUAAAAUUAAGAGGGUUGAAUCUUUCCCUUGGGAUUCGGUGCCUCCCUAAGAAACAAACUACAGCCCUAACAUGUUUUUAAAAUUUAUUUUCAUCAAGAAAAAAAUAUGCCAUCAAUGUAUGCCUUUCCUUUUUCAGAGUUGAAAUGCAAGUGCCCUUUGAAAUUCAUUUGUGGGUUGUUGUUUUUAAUUUCUUGGCAUUUUUAGAGUAGUUGCAGGUUGCAUACCAAGAAUUAUGUGAACAGGAAUGUGAAAUAUUUUUUUCUUCUCCUUAGCAUACAGUGAAUAUUUAAGGGGGUAUAUUUUCAACCCAGAUGCCUCUUUUACUUAGAAUACAACACAACUUGCACACACAUUUUGUGCCCACAGUAAAAGUCCCUACAACAAUUACUGGCUUAAUGAACUCAUAUGAUAUCUUUGUCUACAUUGCAUUUAUCGAUAGUCACCCUGAUUCUUCAAGUAAACAGUUUUCAUUGAAGUGCAAAAGAUUGCCAGGGCAGUGGUGGUGAUGGUGGGGGAAGAGGUCACAGAGCAAAGGAGAAGGUACAGAGCUUGCUACUGCUAUUCCACUUCCCUGGAUCAAGAACCUUAUAUUGGUAUGUUCUACAAAUAGUGGCGCAUAAAUUAACUGCAGCCUCUUUACAGGAUGGGGAAAUUAUUGUUAUUAUGGAACUUUUAAUGUGAAAGAUGAGAAUUAUUUUAAGAAAAAUGCCUGGCAGAAGAGACAAUGGCAUAAAAAACUGAACUGCCUUUUUAUUUUACAGAGUUAUGUGGAAAAAUAGGCACCUCUUCUGUAUCUUAAAAUGACUUGAUAAUGGAGGCUUCUUUUUUUUUUUUUAAUUGCAUGCAAUGCCAGAUAGCUAAAGAAACCAGUUCUGUUUCUGCUCCUGUUAAAAGACAGGUGCAUUUUCAGACUUUUUCUUGGAUUAGUCAAAGACAUAGUCAAGAAUUUGAUCUAAAUUAAGGCUGCUUUACACUUUAGCAUUGCUGCUACACAGGUAUGCCUUUUGUUUCAUGUUCAAUUGAUGGGAAACUAUGAUUCCCCACAUCUUGUGUAAGCAGAAAAAAAAGGACAUAUUUGUAUCAAUCACACACUUUUUCCCCCUACAAAAGAAGAGGCAUUUGUGUAGGAAAACCAUGCCGUGAAGGGCCCAGGUUGCCUGUUUAAUACACUGGUGUUAAUAACUGAUUUUCUUCUGGGUCAGUGAUGUAUUCUUGCUUUGGUAUUAAAGCUCCCUUUACAAAACUGCCUUUUGUGCAAAUCCCACUCACUCCAGUGACACCAGCUCAGGAAAACUGACAUCUAGAUUGUACCCUCCAGCUUUUCUUUUAGAAUUGUAGUUGAUUGUUAUUGAGAAAUAACCAUUUGAAAGUUAUAUACAUGUGCAGAAAAGAAACAGCCAGCUUUGUUUUUAAAAAUUAAAACCAUUGUAGAAUAAAAACUUAUUUUUUUAAUGUCCCCUAAUUCUUCUCAGCUUAAUCAGAAGUCUUGUUAAUAUGAAAAGUCCGAUAUCUUAAACUGGGAAAGAAUAUAACCUGUUUACUCUUUUAUAUUAUUGGAGUCAUAUUAGAUUAGAAUAUAACCUGUUUACCCUUUUAUAUUAUUGGAGUCAUAUCAGAUUAACCUCGCGAGGAGAUCUGAUGAGCAUGUAUGAAUAAGUAUCAUUGUUAAUGCUGCCAAACUGUUAAUGCAACUAUUUAAAAGGAAAGAAAUUUACUCAGGGUGGUGGGUUUAGGGGUGGGGAAAGAGAAAGUGCCUAGAGAAAUUAGAGAUUAGCAUGUUUUAAUGGAAAGUAAUUCUAUAAAUAUAACUUGCAUUAAUCUGAAGAAGUGUGCAGUUCAGGCUUCCCAGAAUGUUGCCUAAUCUUUCUUCCUGGACAGAUAAACAGAGUGCAACACACUGAAUUCUAGAAUAUAGUACAUAAAGUCUGACCUAUGCUGUGCUCAAGCAUUACAGACUAAUUCACAAAAUAUAUAUUGUCCUCCACACUUUGCAUGGACUAGUGCAAUAUGUAAAAGAUGAUGACGUAUAUGGCUAGCAACAAUUUCCGGUUGCUGCCACAGGGCUUUUCCUGGCAACAUAAGUUCAAGAAAUUGCUGCCAUCUGUGAGCCCAAGUCGUAUGUUAACAACUUGCCAUGCAAGUGGCCAAGACUGGUCAGAAAUGUUCAUAUGGGAAAAAUAGUGAUUUUUUUUUUGUCCACUUCAAGGGAAGGGAGAAGCUGUUGUCUCUCCUGCUGAACAGACAGUAGAUGAUGAUAGCUCUAGUUUCAAACUAUAUAUACUAAAAUCCAAUAUCGUACUUCCCUUUUGUCAUGUUAAAAAAAUGGCCAGUACACUGAUGGAUUCUUAUUUUUAAAAGAUUUUUUUAAGAAAGUGUAUAAAGCUACUCUGUUUUCCUAUCUUUUUUGUAAUACUUUGCUGUUAGCUUGUAGAAUUUUUAUGUGAAGAAUUUAAAAUAAAAUCCAGUUUAAUAAA